GACAUUAUGAGCAUCGCGGUCGAGGACAUAUGAUAAUGUGGAUGACAAGGUGGCCAGGAUCGCUAUGAUCAGUAUCUGAUCAUGAUCAUGAUCAUGAUCAGGAUCGCUAUGAAUAGAAUGGAAGGGGAGGAUGAUUACCAUUAUGAGCGCGGGACAUCUGAUCCGGGAUUACAGGCGUUAGGAAUUUCUGUAAUGAACCGUGAAGGUCUUUGGUGGUCGAGAGGAACCAACUUUCUUGUUUUGAUAAAUCCGGCUUGUUCAUCCCAGAUUUGCUGUUAAAACUAUUUAGUUUAAGUUGUGUUAUUUGACUGAGGAGUGGUUUUUAACCAGGUCAGGAAAUUUGUUCCAUGGCUCCCACCUUUCCUGAGCCAGUUAAACUUCUAAUGCGAGAAGUUUUCAGACUGUCGGAGUGUCAUUAAUUUUGGUUUAUUGAAAUGGUUGGUAUUUAUGCCGUUGCAUGACCUUGAAGGUAGCUUAUUUGCCGGUGACUUAUAUAAAAAUUAUUAUUUUUUAAAUUAUAUAUACAUUAGAAUUAUAUUAUGAACUGGGACAAUAUGGUGUUCUAGCAUUGCGUAAUUGAGUUGAAUGAAAAUAUAAAGCAGCAGUCACCAGCUCUAGGAAGCAAAUCGUGGUGUCAUAUUCUUGUCCAUGCACGACCUUACAAUAUUCUUCUUCUCCAAUCCCUUUUUGUUUUCCCUUGUACCAAACAGAGGGACUCAUCCCUUACAUAAAUCACUUUAAUAGUAUGUUAUACGAAAUUAACUGUUGAAGUCUGUAUUUAAGUAUUACCGCCCUUCAUUGUCUACACCAAAAAAGGAUCGAAAGAUUCAGUAUAGAAUUUGUUUGAGUUAUGUAUUCUUUUCGGACAAUGGCAUAUCCUAAUUUUAUUCAGCAUAAUAAUAAUUUUACAUAGCUCAAUGCCCAAGUCCAUUGAACUAAAAUUUAUCCAUUCUUAAUCUAAACCAGAGGAACCAAAAUCUGACCCCAAACAAAAGGCCCUUUUCCAAGGCCGAAUGGCGCCGUUUGAAAGCCUUCUAGUCACUUAAUGGCGCUGUUUCGGCAGCUUCUUCUUCGCGUUUGGGCCCUGAAAACGAACAAAAGAGGAGGGUUCUGAAAAUGAUUUUUUUUUAAAAAAAAAAAUCAGAGUGUAGAGAGACGGCUGGAGACUGUGAGAGAAAGGGGAGGCCUAACCGAGAAAGAAAGAGAAAUAGAGUAGCAAGGGACUGGACUAGAAAAAAGCAAGAAAGGGUGACCGAGCUUAUUCAAUUUGGGGUUCUAGUCAGAUAUUUCUAAAGGUACAUCAAAAAUAUUUGUAAAGCUACAAGAAUUGGAAGAAUUUGGGGGGUGAUCUAAAGGAGGGCUUCAAUGGAGUGUGUGGUUCAAGGAAUUAUAGAGACGCAGCAUGUUGAGGCCCUAGAGAUUCUUCUUCAAGGCCUUUGUGGGGUUCACAGAGAACGCUUGAGGGUGCAUGAAAUCUGCCUAAAAAGCGGGCCCAACCUUGGAAUUGUUUCUUCGGAGGUUAGGCUUUUGUGUGAUCUUGAACAGCCUGAACCCACAUGGACUGUCAAACAUGUUGGAGGCGCAAUGCGUGGUGCUGGUGCAGAGCAAAUAUCAGUUCUGGUAAGGACCAUGGUUGAGAGCAAAGUGAGCAAGAAUGUUCUCCGCUUAUUUUAUGCACUUGGCUACAAGUUGGACCAUGAGCUUUUGAGAGUGGGAUUCACCUUCCAUUUCCAAAGGGGUGCUCAGAUCAAGGUUUCUGUGUCAUCAAUCAAUAAGAUGCUGAAACUACAUGCAACAGACGAGGCUGUGCCGGUAACCCCGGGCAUACAGCUAGUUGAAGUGACGGCCCCUGCAACCUCCGAGAAUUAUGCAGAAGUUGUAGCUGCAGUAUCAUCUUUUUGUGAAUAUCUUGCGCCGCUCUUGCAUUUGUCGAAACCAGGCAUCUCAACAGGCGUUGUCCCGACUGCUGCAGCAGCUGCAGCAUCUCUUAUGUCCGAUGGUGGAGGCACAACCUUGUAGGUAGGUUUUUGUAAAUUGCGAGACUUCCAAGUUGUCUAACAGAAUGAAGCAAGAUGUUAUUAGGUUAAUUUCAUGGAGGAGGAGGAGGAGGAGGAGGAGCAAUAUUCAUAGUUUGUUUGGGGAGAAAAAAAUGAAGAAUGGAAUUAUUAAUGAAU